CUCCCACUUAGGAACAAGAGAUUGUCCAAGGGCAAGAAGGGUCUCAAGAAGAAGACCGUGGACCCUUUCUCUCGCAAGGACUGGUACCAGAUCAAGGCUCCCGCGCCUUUCAACGUCCGCGAUGUCGGCAAGACCCUUGUCAACAGAACCACCGGUCUCAAGAAUGCCAACGAUGCCUUGAAGGGCCGCAUCCUGGAGGUCUCCUUGGCUGAUCUCCAGAAGGACGAGGACCACGCUUUCCGCAAGGUCAAGCUCCGCGUCGACGAGGUCCAGGGCAAGAACUGCCUGACCAACUUCCACGGCCUCGACUUCACCUCCGACAAGCUCCGCUCCCUCGUCCGCAAGUGGCAGACUCUCAUUGAGGCCAACGUCACCGUCAAGACCACCGACGACUACCUUCUCCGCCUCUUCGCCAUUGCUUUCACCAAGCGCCGCCCCAACCAGAUCAAGAAGACGACAUACGCUGCCUCUUCGCAAAUUCGUGCCAUCCGCCGCAAGAUGACUGAGAUCAUCCAGCGCGAGGCUUCUACCUGCACUCUCACCCAGCUGACCUCCAAGCUCAUCCCCGAGGUCAUCGGCCGUGAGAUCGAGAAGUCUACUCAGGGCAUCUACCCUCUGCAGAACGUCCACAUCCGCAAGGUCAAGCUCCUCAAGCAGCCCAAGUUCGACCUGGGUGCACUGAUGGGUCUUCACGGCGAAUCUGGCACUGAUGACCAGGGACAAAAGGUUGAGCGGGAGUUCAAGGAGCGCGUUCUGGAGGAGGUUUAA